UAGGAGUGAUAGGGUCAGGCGCGUGCCGCGAGAAUAGAGUGGACGGAAAGUCGGAGAGACCGAAAGGGUUGGGGGUGGGAGUAGCGGAUUAGGAGCACUUGUUGGCCUACCUAGGCGUGGGAAGCAGAGCGCAUCAGAACUCAGGCUUGCUGCCCGCCGCCGGAGUCCUGCGAGGGCAGAUAGCUAGGGUGUGGCCCUUAUCUGCACCCAGCGGAGCGCCGGCGGGGUACGGUCUUAGGACCUCGACCUCCUCCCUCAUUUUCUCUCAUCCCUACCUCUUGUGGGUUUCCCCAUGGGCCGGACCGUGGUCGUGCUGGGCGGAGGCAUCAGCGGCUUGGCCGCCAGUUACCACCUGAGCCGGGCCCCCUGUCCCCCUAAGGUGGUCCUGGUGGAGGGUAGUGAGCGUCUGGGAGGCUGGAUUCGCUCCGUUCGAGGGCCGAAUGGCGCUAUUUUUGAGCUUGGACCUCGGGGAAUUAGGCCAGCGGGAGCCCUAGGGGCUCGGACCUUGCUCCUGGUUUCUGAGCUUGGCUUGGAUUCAGAAGUGCUGCCUGUCCGGGGAGAUCACCCAGCUGCCCAGAACAGGUUCCUCUACGUGGGCGGUGCCCUACAUGCCCUACCCACUGGCCUCAGGGGACUACUCCGCCCUUCACCCCCGUUUACCAAACCUCUGUUUUGGGCUGGACUGAGGGAGCUGACCAAGCCCCGGGGCAAAGAGCCUGAUGAGACUGUGCACAGUUUUGCCCAGCGCCGCCUUGGACCUGAGGUGGCGUCUCUAGCCAUGGACAGCCUCUGCCGUGGAGUGUUUGCAGGCAAUAGCCGUGAGCUCAGCAUCAGGUCCUGCUUUCCCAGUCUCUUCCAAGCUGAGCAAACCCAUCGUUCCGUAUUACUGGGCCUACUGCUGGGGCCAGGGCGGACCCCACAGCCAGACUCAGCACUUAUUCGCCAGGCCUCGGCUGAGCACUGGAGCCAGUGGUCACUUCGUGGAGGCCUAGAGAUGUUGCCUCAGGCCCUUGAAACCCACCUGACUAGUAGGGGGGUCACUGUUCUCAGAGGCCAACCAGUCUGUGGGCUCAGCAUCCAGGCAGAAGGGCACUGGAAGGUAUCUCUAGGGGACAGCAGUCUGGAGGCUGACCAUGUUAUUAGUGCCAUUCCGGCUUCAGUGCUCAGCAAGCUGCUGCCUGCUGAGGCUGCACCUCUGGCUCGUGCCCUGAGUGCCAUCACUGCUGUGUCUGUAGCUGUAGUAAAUCUGCAGUACCAAGGAGCUCAUCUGCCUGUCCAGGGAUUUGGACACUUGGUGCCAUCUUCAGAAGAUCCAGGUGUCCUGGGAAUUGUGUAUGACUCAGUUGCUUUCCCUGAGCAGGAUGGGAGCCCCCCUGGCCUCAGAGUGACUGUGAUGCUGGGAGGUUCAUGGUUACAGACGCUGGAGGCGAGUGGCUGUGUCUUAUCUCAGGAGCUGUUUCAACAGCGGGCACAGGAAGCAGCUGCCACACAAUUAGGACUGAAGGAGCUGCCGAGUCACUGCUUGGUCCAUCUACACAAGAACUGCAUCCCCCAGUAUACACUAGGUCACUGGCAAAAACUAGAGUCAGCUAGGCAAUUCUUGGCCGCUCACAGGUUGCCCCUGACUCUGGCUGGAGCCUCCUAUGAGGGGGUUGCUGUUAAUGACUGUAUAGAGAGUGGGCGCCAGGCAGCAGUCAGUGUCAUGGGCACAGAACCUAACAGCUGAUCUCCAACUCUCACUCAUGAAAAUAAAAGUUGCUGGAGCUUGA